UUUUUAUAAUAACUAAAAAAACACCGUGGUAAUUGAAUAUGAAAAAUUGUGCAUAUACUUUUUUAUGAGUAAUAAAAAUGGCGACGCAUCAUAUAGUGGCGGUUCUGAAUAUUUUUUUAUUCACACAAGCAUGACGACGGUCUUAAUAUACGUAGUACAGCACGUGGUUUGUUUAUUUUCAUGAUCUGAAUGAACGUGAUAAACACAAGUGUAUUUCCGUUUUAAAAAAACAAAAAAAAAACAUUUUUAUUCGUUUUUUAUAUAUGCGCGUUAAACAAUGUCAAACGGUUAUAACCUACAAAUGCGUGGCGACGGACGUAGAAAAUUCAAUUACAACUAUCAGGAUGUAGAAAUUGAAUCAUUAUUAGGUCGUAAUCAUGGUUUUGUUGAUCGUGAAGGGCGUGAUGUACGAGAAGUAAGAAUGGGAGGUGACACCCUCAUGGCAGGUAUAAGACCUCGAAUUUCAUUUAAGCAAAAAACAAGAGUUGCAUUACCACGAAAUUUAUCAUUCGCUGCGCAAAAUUAUAUCGAUAAUGACGAUGACCUGGAGAUGUCUGUUAACAAUAAUAGGAAUGAAUUUAGCGAAAGACAAGUCAUUCUUAAAGGACGUGGUCGAUUACUUCUUAAUGGUAGAUUGGGUGCACCUCCAAAAGAUUUGAGGAGCAAGCUAAUUCAAACAGUGCUCGCCGAUGCUUUUUGGUAUAAAGUUACUAUUCCGUGUGGAGCUAAUUUUGAAAAAGACUUUAUCAUUAAGAAGAUUUUACAACACAUUGCCCCUGAGACUUUUAUACCUAUUAUGUAUCAACAUUUUGAGAGAUCAGCAAUAUUUUAUGUUGACAAUAACAAAAUAGCAAAAACGUUAUUGAAUUGUGAUUGUAAGAUUUUUUUGAGGGAAAGUUUUAAGUUACAUGUGUAUGUAAAACCAGGCCAUCCUAAUUUGUUAACGAAAUCUAGUGAUAUAUCGAGUACUUUAAAGGAAAAAAUUGUUCAAAUCGUUGCAUUGCGUUAUAAUCAAGAAACGAAUACAUUAAAUCUUUCUGAAUUUCACCAUGAUCCAGCUCUUGUGGACAAUCAUUUUUGUGCUUUGUUUCAACCUUUAUUGUUAACAACAGUUUUGGAUACUGCCGUACAAUUAGUUCCCAAUAUACAAGGAUUGAAUCUUAACGGCAAUAAAUUCACAUUAAUUGAUAGACUCAGUACAUUAAAGGACAGAUUUAAAAAUCUUAAAACUCUCCAACUUGGUGAUAAUCUAUUGAAGGAUAUCAAUUUAAUUGAACCAAUAAGAAAUUUAAACUUGGAAGAAUUAGUGCUCUAUGGAAAUCCUUUUUACAAUAGUUAUAUUAUGCGUAAAAGUGAAUACGUAAGUGAUGUACGUAAUAAAUUUCCAAAACUUUUACGUUUGGACGGUAUCGAGUUACCACCUUCAAUUUCUUUUGAUUUGGUAGAAGAGGAUUUACGAAUUCCGCCAUCGAAAAAAGUAUUUUCUGUCAAUUCAGAAGUGAACAGGAUUGCAAGUCAAUUUAUUCAACAGUAUUUUUCUGUUUUUGACAAUGAAAAUCGACAAACUUUAAUGCACGCUUAUCAUGAGUCUGCAGUUUUCAGUAUGACUGUGUCACCAAGUGUGGGGGCAAGACCAAACAGUUAUCUCGGUGAAAGUAGAAAUAUACUUCGAUUAAACGAUCAAAAUCGUCUGAACAGAAUGCUAAAACGUGGAAAGUUGGCAGUUGUUUCAGCCAUUUCUGAAUUCCCGAAAACAAAGCACAAUACAGAGACUUUUACCAUGGAUGUGUCCUUCUGUUCGGAGUCAAUGAUGUUGGUUACAGUAGCAGGACUCUUUAAAGAAUCCAAUGAUUUGGAUUCACCGUUUCGUUAUUUUAAUCGCACAUUAAUAAUCGUUCCCGAAGGAGAUGGUUUUGUUAUUAUUAAUGAACAAUUGUACAUUUCAAAUGCAACUCAAUUGCAACAGAAGCUAGCAAUGAAACAAACGAGAUCUACGGAAGUAACAAUGUCAUAUCAAGAACCCGUAACGAAUUGCCAAAAUAAAAUGGGACUUUUAUCCGAAGAUGUCAAGGAGAAAAUGGUAAAAGAUUUGAGUCAGGAAACAAACAUGAAUAUUGUCUGGAGUCACAAGUGUUUGACUGAGGUAGAAUGGAAUUAUGAGCAAGCUAUUUCAGCUUUUCAACAAUUUUUUACUCAAGGUAUUAUUCCUGCCGAGGCCUUUAACAAAAGUACUUAAGGAAAAAGAAAACGGAAGUAAAAAAAUACAAUUAAAGAGAUUUUAUAAAUUAGUAACAAUUAGAACUCUGAACAAUCUACAUGAAAAAAGGAAAAAGAAAACUUCCAAAGAGAUUUUAAAAGUUAGUUAAUUUUAAAUAACACAACUCUACAAUGAAAGUAUUGAAUUUUUUUUUUUUUUUUUAUUUCAUUUUAUAAAGAUUUAAUUAAUGUUUAAACAUUACAAGAGCUGUGUUAAAAAGUAACAAAGUUACAAAGAACUGUUAUGUUUUUCUCUCUUGUAAAUAGAAGUUGAAAAAUAUAUUGUAAGAUUAAGAAUUUAUAAUAUUUGACUGAAAAGAAUAUUAAGUUACAAAAAGAUGCUGUUAUUUUUUUAUAAAGACAUGUGAUCACAAAGGAUUGUCAAAUGACGGACAAUCUAAAGUAUUAAAAUGUUGUGUUACGCGAAAUAUUUUUUUAUUUUGUUAAUUUCAAAGAUUUACAUAAGAAUUUAAAUAAUAAGUUAGUUUAGAAAAGAAAUAUGAUUUUUCAUUUGCGUUUCACGCAUUUAUGUCUUUAUACCAAAUAAAUAAUUUUUUAUAAUUAUUGUAAUGAAUGUGACUUUACAAAUUUAUUAUAAUUUUAAUUUAUUACAUUUAAAUCAUUUUGUGAAUUUCUAAAUUUUUAAAAAUGAUAAUAAAUAUAUUAUUCUUAAAAAUAAAA